AUGGCGCGGCCGGAGGGGCCCCCGACGCUGCCCGAGCCGCUGCGGCGGCGGCUGGUGUCCUUCAGCAGCUCCGUGUUCAGCGACAGCCACCGCACCGCGCUCGGCGACGGCCCCCGCGCCCCCCCGGGCUUCCCGGGCUACCGCGCAGAUUGUGAAAUCCUUUCCAGUUUGCCACUGCAGAUGUCCCUCUAUUUCAAUGUUUAUUUCUUCCCAUUCUGGUGGCUCAUCACAGUUGCCAUCCUCUACAUGAAGUAUCCAGCCUUAUCAGAUUAUUACAAGUUCAUCCUGGUCACCAUCAUGAUCCUGGUCUCUCUGACAGAGCUCAUUCGACUCUACCUGGGAUAUGUAGGCAAUCUCUUGGAGAAAGUCCCUGAGCUGGCUGGGUUUUGGCUCCUGACUCUCCUCCCGCAGUUGCCUAUAAUUCUCUUCUUGCUAUUUAAUGAAGGGCUGAAAAUCCACUCUCUGGAGCGUGCCGUCCACAUCAUCUUCGCCGCCUUCCUCUGCUUCCAAGUGGUGGCGGCGUUUUUCGCCCUCAGGAGGAUGGUGAACACUCUGGCCACCCGCUUCCGCCUCACCGAGUUCCACCGCCUGGAGGAGCAGCGCCCCGCGCCCGGCCUGAGCAGCCUGGGCGGCUCCCGGGGCUGGUAGGGCCGGAGAUCGCAUCCCGAGCAGCUCCCGGGGCUGGUAGGGCCAGAGAUCGCACCCCGAGCAGCUCCCGGGGCCGGUAGGGCCGGAGAUCGCACCCCGAGCAGCUCCCGGGGCUGGUAGGGCCCCCAGGGCCUCAGGGGGUACCAAAGCCCAGCCCAGUGCACCCACAGUUCUGUUUCCGUUCUGCUGGGUCAUUCUUUGCCUUCUUGCCUCAGAGGUAUCAAAAAAAUAGAUCUCGCUCCAGAGCCAACAUUAAACCUCAGAGGAUGGAGCUCCUUUCUGCAAGGAAAAUCAAAGCCAAUUGCAUAACUGACCUGAGUGGACUGUUUGUGGACUGAGUAGAUUUAGAGGGUUUUACAAAGUUGUGGCAUUUUAAAAAAACCAGAAGCCUUUAUCCUCACUGUUUGCACAAAAUUCUUUUGUUUAC